AUGGCUGCCAUUUCGCGUCAGCCCUUUGCUCCCUUGGAUGGAGCCCGCUUGCAGACUCUAACAAGCUUGAAGAAUAGACAGAAUGCCAUCACUCCUCCCUCAAACACUAAACGCAAGGCUGGAAUUCUAGACCCUGAGGACGACUCUGAAAAUAUUGACCCUCUAAUGUUUGCUAAGCGCAUAAAGGGUCUCUCAGGAACCACGCUCAAGGACGUUUCAAAGAAGCCUUCAUCCUUUGUCCUCAGGCAGGACACUCUCACUCCUAGUGCGCUGGUAAGCCCUGCAAAAGCUUCGACCGCUCCUCGACGAACUCUGCAGCCCAAGUCGCCUUUUGCCAAGCUCAACACCACUCUCGUCAAGUCGUGCUCUGUUCCUGCCCCUGCGGGACGAUCUCCCACUCGUGGCAAGAGACCUGGCAUCCUUUCCAACCGUCAACGAACUGCUAGACCUUUUGCUCGCGUGGAUUCCCCAUUAUUCUCCCUAGACUCAUCAGCCGCUCCUUUCUCACUUGAUGCCGCGUUGAAAGGAACUAUUGCCAGCUACGGCUCCCGGCCUCGUUCCAAUGCGCUUUCCCAAGGCAGCACGUCGCCGUCGUCAUUCAGCAAGCCUGAUAUAAAGGCUGGUUGGUUCUUCGACAUUCACGAGGACUCUCCCGAGCAAGAAAUGACCAAUCUUUUGCAGCAUAGCACCUGCAUCUUGGAUAUUUCAUCAGAUGAGGAGAGUGAGCAAAAAGCAAGACGGGAGACAGAAGAGGGCCGUGAUAAGGAGAAUAUUCCUCCGUGCGACCACAUCUCCCAAGCAUCUACGCGACGUUCCUCUCGAGCUGCCGCCAGUCACGACAUAGAGGAGAAGCGUGUCGCACUUGGCGAGAUGAACACUGCUGACUUUUACGCCGACGGCUGUGAUGAGACAUCUCUCAUCAUCAUAUACGGCGAUGAGGACCAAGUCCACCCUGAGCCUGACGAAGACGCUCACAAUGUCCAAGGCGUUGACUUUGCGGCCGCGCCUGGACUGGAAAGCAUUGACUCUCUCAAGGAAAUUGACCAGCUCAUGUCCAAGACUGAGUCUCUAUCCCAGGCGGCGGUGCUGCAACCACUUGAAGGGACUGGUGAGACGUUUGAUCUAUGGGAGAGUGAUAGUGCCAAGGACGAAAAGGAGCCUGUGGCUGCGAAUUCUUGA